AUGCCGCUUCCAGAUUUCUCAGUUUGGAAUUAUAGUAGACGGUUCGGUUCCGUAGAAAUGAAAGUUGCAGCAGCGUUGGCUGACAAAGAAGGAUGUGCAGCGAAGAGGAAAUUGGCAAUUGAGCAGGAAGCAGAAAGAAAGCGGCUGAAAAUGAUGGAGAAACAAAAAAUUGGAAAGGAAAUUGCUGUGCCGGCAGCGAUUUCCACCAGACAGCGUGACGUACCACCACGCCCGCCUGUUCGAUCACAAGGUCCGCCUGUUCGACCAGCAGGUCCACCUGUUAGAUCAGUGCACUUCCGAAGUAUCGGUUGUCAAGUGAAACCCAAAGACAUUCCUAAUUUAUGCAAAUUCGCUAUGUUGGAAACGGAAUCGCAGUAUACCGGUGUGCACUAUAAAGGAGAUUAUGCGCUGCUUCGCGAGCAAAUUCCGAUUCCUCAAAUUCUUCCGCACGAAGAGCUCGCGCCGAUCGAGCGACAAGCUAACUGUUUAGUACAGAAACCGAAGACAACAACGAUCGGAAAAUUGAAAAAAACUGCAGAUUCUCCACAACUUCCGUCGUUGGAUGGUCCCUUCGAGGAAAAAUACGUCGGCCCUCUGCUCAACGGAGCUGUUCCUGAAAUGAUCGUGUCGUCUGGCUCAUUAGGAAUGACAGAUACUCGACCCAAGCAGCAGAUUAUUCGCCAAAGGAAACGCCCAUCGGAGAAAGAAGCACUUUUGGAGGACCCCGACUGGGCUUUUGAUGAUUCAUCACAACCAUCAACGUCGUCUUCACACCAGAAAAAGUUAAAAUCGAUGAACGCAACCAGCCAACUGAGCCAAGAGCCUGACGACUAUACGCCGAAUCCCGGAGCUCAUUGGGAGUCAUUUGGUUCGAGUAUUUCGUCAGAGAAAGACCUCCGCCGCUACCGUGAAAUCGGUCGCAUCAUCUCUGAAAUCACCCUUUCCGAUUUUCCAUCAGACAAAGGAGAUCGCAAAGCGCGCUCCAUUUCCAGCCGAGGCGAGGAGAUUCUCGCCGCUGUCAAGAGAAAUCUCAAUGUUGUUCGUGAGAAACUUGGCGAGUAUGCGAAAGGAACCAUUUUUGAUUACGUCGAUGAGCUGACAGAAUCGUUUGCUCAAGCAACCCCUCAACGAGUUGAUCGUCUCAGUCAAAUGGUUGCUGAGAAGUUGCAAAGAAAUAAAAUGGGAGAGGAUCCUCAGCCAUUUCAUCUUGCUCCUGAUGCAUCCAUUACGGAGAAGGAAGUGAAGUUGGAAGAGGUUGAAGUCAAGCUGGAAGAACCGGAAUACACGGACAACUGCAAUUUCUAA